AUGUCGGAAGUCGUUGGGCUCGUGGCUGCCAGCGGCCAGUUCAUUGAACAAAGUAUCAAAAUCGUCGGAUUGUUCAAGAAGUUCCGCGGAAAGUUCAAAGACACGCCUAAAGAGAUUGAAGGGUGGCAAAAUGAGGUUACCAGCCUCUCCAAGGUUGUCGAGAAAAUCCAGAACACACCUGCACUUCAAAGCGACGAUCUGAAACCCAUCAUUAAUCAAUGCAAAUCUGUCAGCGAAGAAAUACUGAAAACCUUCACUUCUAUUGAUUUCGAGGAGGCAGAUUCCUUCAGUCACAAGUCUCGGAAGAUAACUAUGGCUUUGUCAAAGGAGGGCGACAUUCGAGACCUUUUCGCUCGGAUAGAGCGGUUGAAGUCUGAUUUGGCCAUCCAAAUAGGCAUGAUUCAAAUAAACCAAAAUCAGGAAGGUUUCGCCCAUUUCACAUCGGUCAUGGAGGUGAUGAAGGUCUCCUUUCAGGCUGGCACAGAUGAAGAACAAUGCGUCCGGGCGCUUUUCCUUACAGACCCAGUCAAUGAUAGGGAAAUGUUGAUAACGUCAAAAGGUCAUAGGACACCCGGCACAUGUGAAUGGAUUCCUAAAACAAAGGAAUAUCAAGAUUGGAACGCUGCUCGCACCGCGCUUCUCUGGAUCGCAGGCCCACCUGGUAAGGGUAAGACAUUCAUCUCAAUCUUCCUCAGUCAACUUCUUGAGACAUCAAAACCCAACGCUACGGUCAUCUGGUUCUUUUGUGAUAAUAGAUCAGAGUCUCGAAAUAACGCUGUCGGCGUGCUUCGUGGACUGAUGAUCCAGCUGAUACAAAGAGAAACACUCUUCAGCCCAGGCUCAUUCGAAACUCUCUGGUCAAUAUUCAUAUCUAUGCUGAAAGCUCUUCAUGACCAAGAGGUGUGCUUUGUUCUCGAUGGACUCGACGAAUGCGUUGAAAGCUCGUUAUCACUGCUCUUAUUCAAGUUGAAAACUCUCUUCCAACAUCCUUCGGGCUUCACCAGACCGUUCAAUUGCAAGUUCAUCAUUGCUAGCCGCGAGAAUCCGCAGAUUAUAUUUGAAUCACUUUCGACAUUUCCUUACAUAGCUUUAGACGACCUACAACACGAUAUAAACCUAUACAUUGCAGAUCGUGUCGCCCAUCUGGCCACUGUCAAACACAUCCUAAACACCCCUCUUCAAUUCCAAAUUGAGACAGCGCUCAGAAGAGGUGCAGAAGGCACUUUUCUGUGGGUUAGCUUCAUGUCUCAGGACUUGGAGAACAGCACUCUCAUCGAGAUCGAAGAUGCUCUUGCGCACGUCCCGCAAGGCCUAUAUCCUUUGUAUCAAAGAAUCAUCAACCAGAUUAAACCCGAAAUAAGACGGGCUGUUUCUGAUAUGCUGAUAUGGAUUUUAUUCGCCAAACGUCCUUUGACAAUUGCCGAGCUAUGCGAUGCCAUCCAGGUAAAGCGAACGAAAGCCUUAACACCAGAACAAGUCUGCUUAGGAUAUGCUCAGGCAUGUGGACACUUACUUCAGCUUUACCGCCACUGUUAUCAUGACGACGGGACAAUCAUUCGCGAAAAUACUACAAAUUACCGCUACCGAAAAUUAGUUCAUAUGGAUGGUCACCAACAAGACAUGCACACUCUAUUCGCCACGUUUGUACACCAAAGCGCGAAAGACUUCUUACUCAGCGGUACUGUUGAUCUUCCCAUAUUACGACCUGUCAUCAAUCCCAUACAAGGCCAUGCUAUUAUCGCUGAUCGACUGAUAACGCUUCUAUGCGAGCACUUCAGUAGUGACGACGCGAAUAAAACAGCAGCGCGAACAAGGACCCCUGCUCUAUCAUACGCAAUCGAUGUAUGGGGAUCUCAUAUAGCAGAGUCGCAAGAUGAUUGCAAAGACCUACUUCGGAGACAUCCAGUAUUUUUUGGCAAGACCUCAGAAAUCAGAGACAAGUUGUGGUGGGUAUACAACAAGUUCUGGGACAAACCGGAUAACCCACCACAAGAUGUGCCAUUUCUCCACCUGGCCUGCCAGGUUCGACUCUAUCAUUUGGUAGAAGCUUGGCUAAUGCCAAAAAACCCGUUCGUGAGAUUGAGUCGUAAACGAAGCAUUAAUCAAAGGUGGGGACGCUUUCAAGAAACACCACUUCAUGUGGCUGUGAAGAGCAAACAAAAGGAAACGAUUCGAGUGUUACUAAGGUAUGGAGCCGACGUUAGCAUGAGAAACAAUCUUUCCAAAACACCCAUCCAUCUAGCUUUGGAUUUGAGACAGCUGGCCUUUACGGUUAAACACGAAGCCCAUGAUACAGAUAUAUACCAGAUACUGGCAAAGUCAAAGACGGGUAUUGCAGUGUUGACCAAAGAAGCAAAGUAUUAUAUGAAGUUACCAGAGAAAGGUCGAGACAAGUCACUACUGCAUUUCGCGGCGGAAUACGGCAAUGAAGUUAUAUGUCGAGACCUCAUUGAAACGUUCCACUAUAGCACCGACGUCAAAACAUCCGUUCAAGACACACCACUUCACUUGGCAUUGAAGAAUGGACAGGCACAUGUCGCUAACCUUUUGCGUCGAAUCCUGCAGACGAAUGUUUCCGACUUUGUUCUCAAGAUUGGGGUUGCGACAUCAACAUAA